AUGUCCGACCAACAGAAAAACCAUCCAUCUGUCCAGAGCAAGUCUGUAGGGCAGCGGACCCUGGGCGAGUCGUGGGUAGCUCUACCACCCAAGACACGCAUAGGCAUCUCACUAGCUGUCACGGGCGUCGCACUGGCGGGCAUCUACAUUUCCGACCAGCUCGAACGAGUGCUAUCGCCCCCAGCGGACAAGAACCCCGUAGCAGAAGGCGCAGUGAAGGACGUGCCGCCACCGUGA